AUCGUCAGAAGUUCUAACUAACUUCAAGAUGAUUCUCGGGUCUUUUCGUUUCCUAAGUGUUCGUUGCUCUAGAAGCCGGAGCAGUUUACCGGGAGCGCUAAAACCGGGAAUCACCACCUGCUUUCGCAGCUGUUCUUCUGUGAGCGUUCCGGCCGCGGAAAACGCGAAGGAUUCCGUUAUUGAUUUGGCACUGAACUCGGUGGUGAUAAUAUUUUGCCAAUCUGCCAAGUCUAGCGUUUUACAACCUUGGCAAAAAAGACUACCGCAACUAAAAACUGGCUCUGAAUUUGUAAUCUCAAGAAAUAAGAUUCUUACGAACGCUCAUGUAGUGUCUGACCACACAUUCGUGCAAGUCAGAAAGCAUGGUUCACCAACAAAGUACAAAGCAAAAGUUGAAGCAGUUGGUCAUGACUGUGAUUUGGCCAUUUUAGUAAUCAAUAGCAAAAAGUUUUGGGAGGAUAUGAAGCCAUUGGACCUCGGAAACGUACCCUCUCUCUACGAAAAUGUGUUUGUUGUUGGAUAUCCUCGAGGUGGUGACAACAUUUCCAUUACGAAAGGUGUUGUCUCUAGAGUUGAAGUUACAAACUAUGCUCACAGCAGGGCUAAGCUAAUGACAAUACAAAUAGAUGCGGCUAUCAAUCCUGGAAAUAGUGGUGGUCCAGUAUUCAGGGAAAACAAAGUUGUUGGUGUAGCGUUUCAAGAAAAUGGUCAAUUCCCCGGGUUUUGCUCAUUAGGUAUUUGGUGUCAGCAUAUGGAGAACGCUCUAAUCCGUAAUUACUUCAAGAUGACAACUAAAAUGACAGGGGUUCUAAUAAAAGCUGUAAACCCGUUGUCGAGUUCUUAUAGUCUUCUGAAAAAAGAUGACGUUCUUCUCUCAGUUGAUGGCUCUUCAAUAGGAAACGAUGCGACAGGAACGAAGAGAUUGUAUGAAGAAGUAUGUAUUAAGAAUCACGAAUUUACAGGAAUGAAGAGCGAGAUCUCAUAUAGAUCCACUCACGAGUUCAUCACACUCGUACCUCAGCUCACGCUUUGGUUUACAAUUCUGAACGCCAUAUCCAUCGAUGAUUCCGGAAUCUCUCCAUCGCCUCCUGAAUCGCUUGGGGAUGCCAUUAUUUCUUUCGACAUCGGCAUUGAUUGCUCAUUUUCGUUCGUCACCUUCGUCGAUUGUGGAAUCGCCGAUUCUCUAUCACCGCGUUUGAUUCGCUCGCAGUUUCACCGCACCAAUGAUAUGAAUGAAGAGCGAGAUCUCAUAUCGAUCCACUCACGAGUUCAUCACACUCGUACCUCAGCUCACGCUUUGGUUUACAAUUCUGAAUCACUGAUUCCAGCUUAUCAAUUUGAUAAACUUCCAAGUUAUUACAUACAAGCGGGUUUUGUCUUUUCGCCUCUCACUCAACCAUACAUUUACGCUGCUGGGAAAUAUGACAGUGUAUUAAAACAUAAGCCCAAAAAAGCCGGUGAACAGAUCCUCGUCUUUUCUCAGGUGUUAGAGGAUGAUAACAGUGUAGGAUACACUACUUUCAAAGAUUCUAAGGUUAAAAAAGUGAAUGGAGUGCGAGUGGAGAAUUUGAAUCAUCUACGUAAGCUCAUAGAGGAAUCCUGCACCGAGAAUUUGAGGCUGGACUUAGAAGACGAUGAUACCAUCAUCAUCAUCAGUCACAAAUCUGCGAAAAAUGUCACUCCCAAAAUUUUAAAACGUUACGGAAUACCAAUGGCCAUGUCUAAGGACCUUCAAUCUUUG